UAUUAUUAACGGAAUUAAAACACUGUACUAUGGACUGGGACCCGGGAUCAGCGUACUCAAUCAUAAGCACAUCUCUUUGGCGGCAAAUAGGUGCUCCAACAUUAACGAAAGCUCCUAAAUUAAAAGCGUACCAUAACUUCAAACUCAAAUCAGAGGGUCUCACCGACGUCACGGUGGAAGUCGAGGGGAAACAGAAGAUUGUUCCCGUAGUUGUCAUGAAACACGCAGAUCCGAUGCUUUUUGGGUUACAAUGGAGUGAGACCUUCGGAAUGGAGUUCCCCAAACCUGUGUACUCCAUUAAAAACGUAACGCCGACGACUCUACAACAAUUAAUUGACAGAUACAAACCACUUUUCGACGGGAAGCUUGGCAAAGUUGAGGACUACCUUGUAAACAUUCACAUAAAGCCAGGAGCAGUACCUGUACAUCUACCUGCACGACCUAUCAAGUUUGGGAUAAAAAAAAAUAUUGAAAAAGAAAUAGCGCGCCUUGUGGCAGAUAACAUUAUACAUCCCGUAGACCCUAACGUGACACCAGUAGAGUGGGCGACACCCACGGUAAACGUCGUGAAACCGAACGGUGAUAUAAGAAUCUGUGGAGACUUCAGAAGUACGUUAAACCCUGUUUUGAUUAAACAUUUACACCCAGUUCCACUUUUCGAUCAACUACGACAAAAAUUAGCACGAGGGAAAAUAUUUUCAAAAAUAGACCUUAAGGACGCCUAUCUGCAAUUUGAAAUAGCACCGGAAUCAAAAAAAUACCUAACACUAUCGACACAUCUAGGAUAUUUUAGGUAUAAUAGAAUGCCUUUUGGAAUAUCAACAGCGCCCUCCAUAUUUCAACAUUACUUAGACGAAUUACUAAGGGACAUUCCUAACACAGCAGUGUAUUUUGAUGACGUUGCAAUAGCCGGAGAAGACGUGAAGGAACACCUACGCACACUUGGCGUCAUCUUUGAGCGACUACAGAAAGCAGGCCUAAAAGUAAAUCUACAAAAAUGUUCAUUUCUACAAAAUCAAAUAGAAUAUCUUGGCCACUCUAUAGAUAAAAACGGCAUACGCCCGACAAAACAGAAACUAGAAGCAAUUUCCAAAGCUGCGACACCUACCAACGCUAAAGAAUUAAGAUCAUUUCUGGGUCUUGUAAAUUUCUAUGAACGUUUUAUACCACAUUUACACGGAAUAUGCGCUGACCUUCAUGAACUUACUGGUAAUAGGCAACCGUGGCGUUGGACAGAACAUGAAAAUCAGAUAUUCGAAGCCACUAAACAAUGCAUUACCUUAUCAAAACCACUGACUGCGUUUGACGAAGACAGAUCAAUCUUUCUAGCAUGUGACGCUUCAGAGAAAGGCGUGGGAGCCGUGUUGUAUCACAAGAAUGGGAACACAGAACAACCCAUAGCUUUUGCCUCAAGGAAACUUCGAACAGCGGAGACGAAAUACUCAGUCAUUGAUCGCGAAGCACUCGCCAUUUUGUUUGGAAUCAAGAAAUUCGACCAAUAUUUACGAGGAACCAAAUUUACCUUACUUACUGACCACAAGCCAUUAAUCCAUAUACUGGGUUCUCAGCGUAAUCUUCCCAAAGUAGCAAAUAACAGACUCGUUCGAUGGGCACUAAUAAUUGGCUGCUAUAAUUACGACAUAUGUUACCAGAAAGGUGAAAACAACAUACUAGCCGACUGCCUCUCCAGAUUACCAAACUCUGAAACACAGCCUUCAGAAACAGAGUGUGCUGUACAUCGCAUUGAGUCAUGUCUUCUAGGAACCAGAAUGACAGAUUUACAUCUCUCUGAGGAUCUUUUGAAGGAGACAACCAGCCAAGACGUCAUAUUAUCAGAAGUUUUAAAAUGUAUCAAAACCGGCUGGAGAGAAAUACACUUUACCAGUGACGUUAAGCAUUUCUUCAAAAAGCGUAACGAACUUUCAAUAGAAAACAAAAUAAUAUUAUGGCAAGGUAGAGUGGUGAUUCCAGAAAAACUACAACGCAAAGUCCUUGCAUACCUCCAUAGAGGCCAUCCUGGAAUAUCAGCAAUGAAGGCACUUGCACGUUUCUAUGUUUGGUGGCCAUCCAUUGAUGAAGACGUAGACCAGUAUGUCAAGAGAUGUUGUAGAUGCCAACAAAAUAGACCUCAUUGCCCUGAACUUCCAAUCUACUCGUGGUCUAUCCCUGAGAAAGUAUGGGAAAGGAUCCAUAUCGAUUUUGCAGGACCUUUUGAAGGUACUUACUGGUUAGUCUUGAGCGAUGCCUUAUCGAAAUGGAUAGAAAUUAAACCUAUGAAGAAUAUUACUACAUCAAAAUUGUGCACUGUGUUAGACGACAUAUUCUGCACCUUUGGUCUCCCAGAAAUAAUUGUAUCUGACAACGGCCCACAAUUCACAUCAUCAGAAUUUAAACAAUACUGUAAAAAUCAAGGCAUUUUGCAUAUUAGAUCUUCACCUUACCAUCCAAGAACCAAUGGUCUCGCGGAACGCCUCGUAAGGACUUUUAAAUCAAGAUUUGCAUCCGGCACAGAACCCCAACACCAGCGUUUAAGAGAGUUUUUGUUCACGUACAGGAUCACACCCCAUAACACUACGGGCAAAUCACCAGCGGAAGUAAUGUUUGGACGUCAAAUAAAUACGUUAUUGUCAAAUAUUCGACCAAAUAAAAGGAGGGAAUUACAGUACAAACAAGUAAAGGUCAAUAUUGAAACCUCAACGAAUAAACCAAAUUAUGCACCCGGUAGUCCAGUAUACCAUAGAACUCGGCUUGAAAAGUCGUGGCAGCCUGGAAUUAUAGCAGAACGCAGACAUCGCUACUCUUAUACUAUUUCGACACCACAUGGAGACGUCAUAAGGCGACACGCUGAUCAUAUUCGACCUCGACUGAAAUCGCUUAAUAACCCUCAAAAUUACCAUGAACCAUCUCCUUCAUCCCCCCUAACAGAUAUGUUUCGUACGCCCGAUGCCACUUCGAGUCCUGGACCGUCACAAAUCUCAUCCGCCACUCUUAACUCCACCCUGAUGAGCCCUCCACACAACAGCUCCACCACUCCUGAAGGUUCAUCACACACAGGAAAUACGAGUAACAGAAGCCUGUCGCCUGAUCCAGAUCCUGUAUCUACAUCGGCAAACCCUACAACGCAGCACCGUAGUCAGCGGGCAACCAGACCACCUCGGAGACUUAUAGAAGAGAUGUGAUCAGGGAUGGGGAGGGACGAAUGUAAUGACCCAACCUCCUUUCUACUCUUUGGUAUUUUAGAACAUUUAAAUAAGAACAUCACUUAUGUCAUUAAUUUUUAUUGUCAAAGAAAAGUCUAUAUAAUACAUGCAUAUAUUUAUUACAAAUUGAGUUUAUUUUUA